UAUUGUGUCAUGAGCAAAUACUAUUGCCAAAUAUGUCCGACUUUUGUCCUCUAUUAUGGCAAAUAUCGAGGAACUAGGCAGCAUGAAACCUUACUUUUCAAAUGAACUACUUAGCAGUCACGACAACUGCCGUACACAGUGGAUAAAAUCCACAAAAUGCUCUGUUUCCGCACAACCCAUCAUUUUGUAGCUGUUAUUCUUUUAAAAGUUCAAUUAAAAUUCUGAAGUUCUAAUGCUUAUAAAAGAGCAAGUUUCUGGCUUUCACUUUAGCCUCUCUUCAGGGAGAAAUCGGAGGAGAUUAUGAAACAGUUUUUGGGUGAUGAUCCUCAAAAGAGUCCUGAUUUGGCACGAAUUGUUAAUGAAAGACACUUUCAACGCUUAAAAACUUUGCUGGAACAAACGAAAGGCAAUAUUGCGAUCGGUGGCAAGUCAGAUAUGAGCGACAAGUAUAUUGCCCCAACUGUCGUUUUUGAUGUUGAAGCUGACGAUGCACUGAUGCAAGACGAAAUUUUCGGUCCUAUUCUCCCUGUUAUGUCUGUGAAAUCAGCUUCCGAUGCAAUUCAGAUAAUCAACUCUAAAGAAAAGCCUUUAGCUAUCUACGUCUUCACCCGAAAUAAACUUUUAUUCGAGGAUUUUAAAAACACUACUAGUAGUGGUGCGAUUAUGAUGAAUGAUUGUACUGUACACUCUAUUAUACCGAAUAUUCCUUUUGGUGGAAUCGGCCAAUCUGGAAUAGGGAAUUAUCAUGGUCGCUAUUCGAUUGAAACAUUUUCCCAUCGUCGUCCAGUUAUACUGAAAUCAGAAGUGGAAUAUAUAAAUAAGAAAAUCCGCUAUUAUCCGUACACUGAAAGUGGUUUGAAUUGGUUACGUUGGAGUUUAAAGAAAUCAGACAGUAAUGGAUGUCAAAUAUUGUGAUGCAAGAGUAGACGAAUAAUUAUGUACUUCACGCCCACGCAGACAUGUGAUCUUUGCUUAUAUGUAUUUUGAAUGAUACGUUGUUUUCUUC